AUGUGGGAGCCGCGUUCAAUCUUCACAGGCACUAGCACGACAUCGACGCCUCACGACACCACGCCCGAACAGCGCAGACUGAACAUCGCCAGCCAUCACGAGCCCCUCGCUACCACGCCCGGCACUCUAGAGUCGCCCAUAGUCCUUGAUACACCAGCCAAUCUCCCCGUACUACAGCCCCCAUGGACGCCCAAGUCGCCACUUGACCAUCGCGACUGGAAUCAACCCCCGGCUUCUGCGCCGCUGCAGAGCAGUCGACGACACAGUGGGAAGCAGCAGCCUGUGCAGACACCACCGGCUGUCGUUGGCAUCAAGCGCCCCCCUCCCUUCAGUGACUUCGCCUCCGCGUCUGCGUCGUCUGCGCACCCACCAGCGCCCGCCAGCGAGCCCUUGCACAAGCGCCGAAAAGCGCACCCGCGUUCGCGAUACUCCCUCGAUCACUUCAGCUUCCCCAAGAGCGCCUACUUUCGCCCGGACGGCCAACCGCCCUCGCCCCUCUUCUUUUCUUCGCGAAACAACCGACCACAACUGCCCGCACGCUUCUCGAGUAGCGAGGCAGCAGCAAGGAUGCUCAGCAAAACGCGCGAGGACAGUGGCAUCAAGACCGUCACACUCGCAAGGGGAACAUUCAGCGGUCUCAGCCCCCCAGGGCCACCAGGGGCUGCCAGUGGGCGCACUUCAGAGCGUUCAAGCGUGGCGCCUACAGCAUCACCUGAUUCGCGCGACAAGAGCGAUCCGUUGCGCAUACUGGGCUCCGUUGGCAUAGUCGAACUGCUCGAGCAAGAUGACCGGCCAACUUUCAUCGUUGAUACAGGCGAUUUCGCAAACUACAUGCCCGAAUCUUGCCAGUUGCAGAUACUCUUCUCCAACAAUGCCCUUCGAUCUAACCCAUCCACCUGGGAGCUGGUAGCUGGAAGGCCGACUGGUUCUCCGUCUGAUGAUGACACGGCGCAUGCGACACAACAAUUUCGAGGCUGGUUGCUUAGCACUGGGGUCCAGGCCGAUUCUUCCGAAGUGAACCCUUCUCCUGUUGAACACGGUGGCAUUGUGUGGACAUGUUACACCCUUCGAAAACGGCUGCGCGUCGUCUCUGGUUCCGUCUCCGCUCCUGCCAUCAUUUUGCCUGCUUUGGAUGGACCCAACGAUUUUGCUAUACCUUCGACCUCGUCCGCAGGUCUCGGUUCGGGAACCAACGGUGAUACCACUUCAUCUUCCGCUGAUCAGGGUGAAGCACAAGAUUAUUUUGGCAGCACUAUUCCUAGCAUUCCCCAGGGGGCCCAGGGUGAACCGACUCCUCCCAUCUCUGCGCCCCAACCUGAACCGAUUCAAAAGAAAUUCGGCAACCAGGGCAAUGGCAUGAUCCCAAAGCCAUCUCAAAUAGACAUAUCGUCAGUGGAAGAAUCCUCUUCCUUUGCGAACGAAGAAACUAACGCCCAUCGGGAUGAUCACCACGACAUGGGAUUCUUCGACUGGACCAGACUGGCAAUGUCGCCCUCUCUUCCUAGACACAUUCAGUUUGCGCGGUCAAUUGAUUGGGCGAGCACACCUUUAGGUCCGAUCGAGUACUGGUCUAAUGACCUUCGCGCUAUGUGCAAUCUUAUAAUGGCGAGCCCCCACCCAGCUGCUAUGUACUGGGGAGAGGAACUCGUUGCUAUUUACAACGAAGCCUAUAUUGGACUCGCAGGGCAAAAACACCCCACUCUUAUGGGACAGAGUUACAAAGUGGCUUGGGCGGAGAUAUGGGACGAUGUCAAGGGAGUAUUUGCCAAUGCACGUCUUACCGGGCAAGCGACAAUGAAGGAUGACGAUUGCCUGUUUAUGAAACGCAACGGGUUCCUCGAAGAAACAUACUUUUCGUGGUCCAUCAUCCCCAUGGUUGGCCAAGACGGUACGGUCAUGGGUCUCUACAACCCCGCCUUCGAGAAGACACGCCGCAAAAUUGCAGAAAGACGCAUGCUCACGCUCCGCGAAGUUGGCGAACGGACUGCCACCGCUAGGGAAGUCAAGGGCUUCUGGGAUCAGGUGUUAAUAGCACUGACCGAGAACGAGUUCGAUACCCCGGUAGUAAUGCUCUACAGCGUAAACGAUGAGAAUGAUAGUGACUCGUCUUCUAUACAAUCCAGCAGCUUGCUAGGUUCGAAACAGUGUUUCCUCGAAGGCUCUUUAGGCGUCCCAGCUGGCCAUCAAGCUGCUCCUGAGCAGAUUGACUUGAAGGAAGGGCAAGAGGGCUUUGGUCCCGUCUUUCGGGAAGUAAUGAAGACUGACAAGCCCGUGGUUGUUAGCAUCGGAUCAGGCGAUUUACCGCAUGCCAUGAUGGACGGGCUGGACUGGCGAGGUUUUGGCGACCCCUGCAGAGACGUCGUCAUAUGCCCAAUCCAUCCUACGACAGGCGAAAACAUACUUGGCUUCUUAGUCAUGGGCAUCAAUCCGCGGAGACCCUACGACGACGAUUACAACCUUUUUGUCCAAUUGUUGAGCCGCCAGUUAGCCACUUCUCUGGCUUCCGUCGUUCUUUUCGAGGAGGAAAUUCGAAGAGGACAGAGAGCAGCACGCCUCGCAGCAGAAGAUCGUUACAACCUUUCAACCCAACUUGCUGCCCGCACACAGGAAGCCAGGGAAAGCGAGACGAGAUUUACGCGAAUGGCGGAGCUGUCUCCUGCAGGUCUCUUCAUCGCUGAUCACGUCGGAAAGAUAACUUACUGCAACGAUACAUGGUACGAGAUCUCGCGAGUACCAAGAGAGCCAGAGAUGACGGACAGGUGGAUCGACUACGUCAAAGACGAGGAUCAAGGCCUCAUCCUUGCGCAUUGGAAGGAAUUAGUCAACGACACUACGCCUAUCAACAUCGAGUUUCGCUUUAAAGCACCUUGGGAGGACCGAAACCGCAACAAAAGUGAGACCUGGGUCCUGUUCCAGGCCUAUCCAGAGAAGGAUGAUGAUGGGCAACUCAAGAGCGUUUUUGGAAGCAUCACGAACAUCUCACCUCAAAAGUGGGCCGAAGGCUUUCAAAAGCGGAAGAUGGAGGAAGCUGUCGAACUCAAGCGACAACAGGAGAACUUCAUCGACAUAACAUCGCACGAGAUGAGAAAUCCUUUAUCUGCUAUUCUGCAGUGUGCCGAUGAGAUUAGCACCAUCUUAGGCGACUUCAGAACUUCAGGUUCCAACGUCAUCGAGGAGGGCAUCGUUGCCGAUUCGAUUGAUGCAGCACAAACAAUCGCCUUAUGCGCACAGCAUCAAAAGCGUAUCGUCGACGACGUUUUGACGUUAUCAAAGCUCGACAGCGCAAUGCUCAUGGUGACACCAGUGGACGCUCAACCCUUGCAAGUGGUGCAACGUGCGCUGAAGAUGUUCGAAGGAGAGGUGCAAACAGCUGGCAUUCAGAUGGAGUUCGUCCUGACCGACUCAUUCACCAAGCUCGGUGUUGAUUGGGUGAAGAUUGACCCCUCACGAGUGCUUCAGGUACUCAUCAAUCUUACCACCAACGCGAUCAAAUUCACAACCACUGAGGAGACCAGAACCAUCAAGGUCGUUCUAUCAGCAUCGCAAGUACGUCCAUCGGCAAGCGAACAUCCUACCGUUAGCUAUUUUCCCAUGCGAGCCAAGAGGACCGACCAAACUUUUGGACCUGACUGGGGUGACGGUGAAGAGAUCUUCUUGGAAUUUGCAGUACGGGAUACUGGCCGGGGCCUUACGCCGGAGGAGAAGAAGCUCCUUUUCCAACGCUUUUCUCAGGCAAGUCCACGGACACACGUCCAGUACGGCGGAUCUGGCCUCGGCCUGUUCAUCUCCCGCGAGUUGACAGAGUUACAAGGUGGAGAGAUUGGCGUCUCUUCCGAAGCAGGCAAAGGCAGUACAUUCGCGUUUUAUGUCAAGUGUCGGAGGAGCAGCGAGCCACAAGAAGCUUUGGAAGUCCUUCCAACUCCAUCAAUGUCCAGGAAGGUGUCGAAUGCGAAGGAUAAGGGCAGAAAGGAGCUACCCCUUCCGUCGAAGAUCGCAACCAAAAUCAAGGACUUUGCUGCUGUGCCUGGCAAGGAUAGCGUUGGUCCAAAGGCCAAGCCAAAGAAGAGGGAACUCAAAGUACUAAUCGUGGAGGACAAUCUUGUGAACCAAAAAGUCCUUCAGCGCCAGCUCCAAAACCACGGCAUCCAAACGACCGUCGCAAACCAUGGCGGUGAAGCACUUGAAGCGCUCAAGUCUUCUACUUACUGGGCCUCACCCAAUCAAUCUCCCCUGGAGGACAUAUCAGUCGUGCUAAUGGACAAAGAGAUGCCAGUCAUGGACGGUUUACAAUGCACCUCGCAAAUUCGUGCCCUUGAACAACAGGGCAAGUUCAAGAGGCAUGUUCCUAUCAUCGCGGUUACGGCAAAUGCGCGCAGUGAACAGAUCGCGACAUUGCUCGCUGCAGGCAUGGAUGAUGUUGUCAGCAAGCCGUUCAGAAUCGGUGAGCUAAUACCUAAGAUCGAAGAGCUAGCAAGCAAGUUCGGAAGCAAAAGAUUGCCGGACGAAGCUUCACUCAACGUGCCCGCUGGGCCGAGUGAACAGCCCUACGGCGUAUGA